GCAGUUUGCACCCUCCAACCUCUCCCUCUUACCUCUCCGAUCUCUCUCAUGGCCAUGCGUUUCUUGAACCGCCCCCAAUUCACACUCCUCUCCCUCUCCGCAUGCCUCGUCCUCUCCUCCCUCUCCCCGCCGGCCGCGUCUCAGUCCUCCUCCAUCCACGACCUCCUCCGCUCCCGGGGCCUGCCGGCCGGCCUCCUCCCCCGUGAGAUCAGGUCCUACACCCUCUCCGGCGACGGCCGGCUGGAGGUGUUCCUCGACGGGCCCUGCCUGGCCAAGUUCGAGAACCGGGUCUUCUUCGACAGCGUCGUCAAGGCCAACCUCACCUACGGCAGCCUCAUCGGGGUGGUGGGGCUGUCCCAGGAGGAGCUCUUCCUGUGGCUCCCCGUAAAGGACAUCAUCGUCGACGAUCCCGGCUCCGGCCUCAUCCUCUUCGACAUUGGGGUCGCUCACAAGCAGCUCUCCCUCUCGCUCUUCGAAGAUCCGCCCGAUUGUAAGCCCCAGCAAGGUGUGCUGAUGAGUCAUGUGAGGAAGGAGAAAGGGUUCGGGGCUGCUCGGAGAUAGAGAAUGUCCAAAGCUUGUUCCAACUUUUGUCUCCUCCUUCUCCUUGUCUAAUAAUGAAGAACUUCCCUUAUCAUAGCAACUAUAACAUUAAAUAUUAUAUAAUAUGUGAGUAAAUGUCAUUAGAUCUUAGGCGCCGGUAGCUUUGGGUAUAGGGGGUUGUAAUUAAAGAUGUGAAUUUGGAAUCCAAAUUUAGAGUUGAAGAGACUUCGAGA